CCAAAGAUAAUCACGCGUCUACGCCCGCAGGCUUGUGGGUGUUGUCCGCCUUUCUGUUCUUCGUAAUCAUUGAAAAAUUCAUCGCUGCCAUAAACGAGGAAGCCCCGAUUAUUGCAGAACAGCAGAUUGAUGAAGCUUCUAUCAAGAAUGUAAUAAAUAAAGAAAAAGAGAUGGAUAAUAAUAAUUGUAUUACAAUGACGAACACUGGGAAGAACAAUUUCCUUAAAAAAGGCUUGAAAAAUACGGCCGAGGUACAUUUCCUGGAAAAACAGCCAAGUAAGAUGGAGUUUAUGCAAAUCGCAAACAAUAUCAAAGAUCCGCGAAAGAACGGUUUUAAAGAUGCUGACAUUAUGAAAUCCGCAUUAGCAAGCGAAUGUCCUAACGACGGUCCGCUGGUCGACGAGGCGAAAAACUGCUUGAAGAAACUUGCGAAGACUAACGGCUUCACAUCGGCGAUUUCACGUGUUGACUCACCAUGCGUGCGCUCACCGAGCAAUAUUGUUAUUCGUUUGAUCGCAUGGGCAAAGAAAUUAAUUUUCGACUUGUUCCGCAAAUUUUUCGAUCCCAAGGCCUUCCCCGGAUACCUGAAUCUUUUGAUGAACUUCCUCGACAAUUUUACUCACGGUUUAUCCGUAGGUGGAUCGUUCCUAAUUUCCUUCCGCGUAGGUGCCCUUAGCACGUUCACUAUUUUGGUGCACGAAAUACCUCAUGAGGUUGGCGAUUUCGCUAUUCUAUUACGAAGCGGAUUUAACAGAUGGGAUGCUGCGCGGGCGCAGUUAAUCACGGCUAGCGGUGGAAUCGUUGGUGCUUUGGCAGCCGUCUCCUUUUCUGGUAGUUUAG